UCGCGUGAACAAACUGGCUAGCAGGCUGAUUAUUUAUCUCACUUUGCGUCGCAUUUCGUAGUUUUCUGGUUUACUGACAUUAUAUUAAGAGAUUUAUCGCGACAUGACAGUCCACACUCUUGAACUUCGUCAUGGUAAGAAGCUGUAGGCCGCACGCAAGUCCCUGGAAUGGCUUUACCCUCACAAAACAUGUACGACACAUUCAAAGAUAAAAUCUGGAAAGCGCUGGGACCACUGGACCCAGACUGGUUUGAAGUACUGACUGCUCAAACGUCAGCAAAUGAGGCCAGUGGGUCUGAUCAAGAUGAGCUAUGUGCCAACCAGGAGGGACUUUUUAAAACCCCUUUGUACAAAACUGCAGUGGGCAGUCAGCCGUUUUCUACUCCCAAAGAUUUCAGACACAGUCGAAUUGUGUCGCCUGAAACUGAGGAUGAGCAAUCGUUCUCUGCUGCACAAGAAAAAGAUGCAUUGCCAUGGAUGGAAACACAAAGUCCAUACUUGUUUCGCAUGUCAAAACAGGGUGCUCCUGGUACAAAAUGUGGGGGAAUCCAACCUCAGAAUCAGCACAGUUUCGAUCUGCUUCAUACCCCACAUAAAUCUCCGAUCAGCUAUGCCUAUGAAAGUCUUGGUGUACAGAUGAAUCCUGAUAUUUCAUGGACCAGUUCUUUGAACACACCACCCGCUGUUCCAUCGACACUGAUUUUAUCUAAAACUGAUGAGAGCCCCUGUCCAGCGAGUGUUCCUGCAGACAAAAAUAUUGUUUUUGUACGGAAGCUUUUCCCUUCUCUUUCAAAUGCUUCCAGAGUUGGGGUAACACCACCCAUAAACGAUGAUAUACCUACUGAUAACUAUGGUUCUGUUUUGGCAGAGCCUGUUUCCCCCCAGACUUCUUUAACCCAGAAUGGUGUUCAGCAAAAGAUGCUGUUAGAUGCUCGUGCAGAUGGAGAAGCUUGCAACACUGUAGCUGGUGUUGCUGAUGGACCUGGAAAUGUUUCAUCCACUUUCCUCGCCAACAGCAGUUCAUCACUGCGAAAAGUGAAACCUGACAGAGUCAGGCAGAAGCGAAUCAAAUCAAACGAACAUGACUGCAGUGCUACAGAUAUCAGAACAACAAACAGCUCUAAUGAAGAGGGGAAAGCUGAUGAAGAACUAGGCACUGUUCCCCCAUCUCCACCUGUAAAAACUGGAAGUACUGGAAUCAGCCAGUGGUCUCCAUUGAGUUUAUCUGAAAUUCCACCUUAUACUGCAGACAGCAGUAUUUUAACAGAACUGCAGACCAGUUCUGAUUCUAGACAGCUCAUCAGGUCACCUCUAAAAAUCGCAGACUCUGGAUUUAUCAGGAAAAAAAGAAAAUUUAUUUACACUGUUGAGACUUUGAAACCACAAGUUCAAGAAAAUGAAACAGACUUUCAGAAGAUGGACACAUCACCGGGAAUUCCAGAUUCCGGGCCAGAAUCGAGUAGUAAGCAAUCAGCAGACACCACAGAUGAAGCAGACUGCUGUGGUCCUGUAAAGAAUGGAAAAGAAAAACAAGAAAAUCUUGCUUUGGAAAAUCUGUCGCCCUCUGUGCAAGAAAAAGUCCAGGACCUCGAUAUGUCACAGCUUCACAGAGAUUUUGCCCAAGACUUCACUGAAAUUUCAGACUCUGGUAAACUGAGUAAAGUAGUAGAAGAAGAUCAAAAUUACUUCUCACCUUCAGCCUGUCUGUUGGCCAUGAAACAAGUUAAGCAAAAAAGACAACAGGCAAACCUUCACCGUGACUGUAACAGCAUCAGUAACACAGGACAUAUGUCUACCACAAGUCAAAAUUAUUCCAUCAGUGAAGGCACCAUAAGUGACAGUGGAUUCCAGUCCGCUGUUGCAGAUAGCACUCACACUGCUUCUUCGUUUAUUGUUCCCUGCUUAGAGAACACCGGCUCUAAAACUGAUACUCACAGGACUACUCCUUUUCCAUCUACACAUAAAGGAAAUGGAAAAUCCCAACUCAAGGAAAGACAGACUCUAAACAGUGAAAGAGAAAGUCAGUUGGACGUGGAGAGCACAUUAACACAACUGCCAAGAAGUCCAACAGGAACUGUUGACGGCCUUAACUGUAUUCCACUAAAUGGUGAGGUUCAUGGCAGUCUGCCAGAGAAGCCAUCAGUUCCUGUUCCAUCCGUCCAUGCAUCAGGAUUCAGAACCGCUUCAAAUAAGGGGAUACAGAUUUCCCUGGCCAACCUGGAGAAGGCCAGGCAUCUGCUUGAAGAAAGUGAAAGUGAAAGGACUCUUCGUGAUCAGCCCAACAAAUGUAACCGUGCUGCUGAACAAAAAAAUACCCCGAAUAAUGGAUCCAUGAAAAGUACAGUUUCUGUAUCAAAUCAGCUACCUUCUGUAAGUGAAAGAUUUGAGGGCGUCAGCUGCCACUUAACGGCUUCACAAAAAGCUGAUGUGAAAGAACUGUGCAUUCUACUGGAAGAAGCAGAUAGCCAGUUUGAAUUUACGCAGUUCAAAACUGCAGAAGUAAAACAGCCUUGCCAAGAAAAUGCGUGCACUGUGGAGGGUGCUGACAAAGACCUUGAUCCUGAUUUUCUUGCAGGCAUAGAUUUUGAUGACAGCUUUAGUUCAGAUGCUGAAAAGCAGCUCGCAGUAACUGCAAAGCCUGACAAAAUGACCUGUGUGUUAGAUGAAAAAUCAAAAGGUGGGACAUCAGACAUCACAAGUAAAUCUACUGAUGUUUUAAUGUCAGGUACAGUUAAACAGGAAAAUAUCUCUGUCCGGGAUGUACUUCCCUCUUCAGAAAACAUUCCUGAAAGAAGUACGUGUGUCAUGUCAACUAGCAAGAUGGAGAAACAAAAUCCUUUAAUGCUUGAUGUGGCCUUUAAGACUGCAGGAGGGAAUGCUUUAAGAGUUUCAAAGACAUGUCUGAGCAAAGCUAGAGCUUUGUUUGCUGAUUUAGAGAUUAAUGUGUCAGAUCUGAGUUCAUCAGACAAACAGGGUGCUGAAACUGAUGCAAAAGGUGAAAAGAUGUGCGGUGAGCAGUCUAAAAGUGCCACGGAUGACUUGAAGUUCACCCUCAAAGACGACUGCCGUGUUGAAGAGAAAAUUCCAAGUUGUUUUUCCAACACCAAGCAGACCGUCUCUGCAUUCAAACAGGUCACAAGCGUGCAAGACAGAUACGCUACCGAAGGUUUUGAAAAUGGCAAAAUGAAUGUGAUUAACAUCUCUGAGGAAUGUGCCAUUUUACACACGGAGUUUGAAAGUGUAAAUACUGCAUUAGGUGGGCCUCAUCCUGAUGCUGUAGAAAUGAACAGUUCUGGUGUGCUGGAUUUUAAAAAUCCAGCUUCUUUUAUUGAAACCCCAGUUUCCACUUCAAAGCUAUUGCCAUGCUCAGCAUCAAAGAUUAUUGAUUCCGUUACCAUCAAUGAAUUGAGUAGUGGUGUUGGAUUCUGUACAGCCAGUGGGAAGAAAGUAUCUGUGUCGGCUGAUGCAAUGAAAAAAGCUAAACAUCUUUUGUGUGACACUUACACACUUGAGGACACGGGCACAAAACCAAAUGCUUUAAGAACAGAACAGCUCACUGCUCAAAAUAAAGAAUCACCACCUAAAACGAGUGGAUUACAGAGAGCCAUGGGGAAAGGAGUUUCAAUUUCAUCCACCGCUCACAAGAAAGAAUACCUGUUGAGUGAAAGUGAUAAAGUAGAUGAUAAAAUCGAUGUAAAACCACCACGUUACAAGAUUCCAGUUAAUGCCCCAGUACCCAGCAACGGGGGAUUUCUUUCAGCUAGUGGAAAGAAAAUUAUGCUUUCCUCCGAUGCCCUACAGAAGGCCAAAGCUCGCUUCAGUGACAUCAGUUUCAGUGCAGAGAUCCCAGUUAUUCCACACACAAGGAACAGUGACAAUUGUGAAAAUGCAGACCAAAUGCAGAAUGGUUUCACUGCAGAGGGAGGAAAAGUCCACAUCUUAGAGAAAAGCAUUUUGAAGGGCUUUGAAGAUUCUGUUUUAUCAAAAGCAAUGCAAGAGACAGAAGAUUGUGAUAUGAAUGUUAACAAUGGCAUGUCAGUAAAACUUGAAAGUCUUGAGCCUGUGAGAGGAAGUGGCAGCGAGUUGGAGAUUAGACCAGAUCGAAGGGCGACUUUAAACAUUUCUGUAGCGUCUGCAAACAAACAAGUGAAGCAAAAAGACACUUUGCCGCUACAACGUGGUGGAUUUAGCACAGCAAGUGGAAAGAGAGUUUCCAUUUCAUCUGAUGCCCUUAAGAGAGCAAAAUCCCUGUUGGGUGAAUGUGACAAAGUAGACGAUAAAAUCAAUGUGAAUAUGUCACAUUUGAAGACUCCGGUUUGUGGCCCACUCUCCAAAAGUGGUGGAUUUCAUGCAGCCAGCGGAAAGCCUGUGGCACUUUCACAUGUGUCGCUUCAGAAGGGAAAAGCUUUGUUCAGUGAUAUCAUUCCAGAUGCAGAGAGCCCAGAUGUUCCAUACACAAAGAACAGUGACAAAAACCAUGAGAGUGGGGAAAAUACAGGGAAAAUGCAGUGUGGUUUCAAAACUGCAGGAGGAAAGAAGGUCCAUGUGUCACAGAAAAAUCUUCUGAAAGCAAAACAUUUUUUGAAGGACUGUGAUGAUUCCACUUUAACAAAAGCAGUGCAAGAGGCAGAGGACUGUGAUAUGGAUGUUAAUGGGAUGUCAGUAAAAAACAAAAGUGUAGCACCAAUGAGUAGAAGAUGCAGUGACAGGAAAAACCUCCCAGAAACUAGACCAGAGCAAAAGGCGACUUUAAGCAUUUCUGUAGAGAAAUGCUUAAAGGGCACAGACAAACAAGUGGAACAUAAACAAGAUCAUUUUCCACCACAAAGUGGUAAAUUUCAGACAGCAAGUGGAAAAGGAGUUGCCAUUUCAUCUGAAGCUCUCAGGAAAGCAAAGUCUCUGUUCGCUGAAUGUGAUGAAGUGGAUGAUAAAAUUGGUGUAAAGCCAUCGUGUUUGAAAAUUCCAGUUCAUGGCUCACUUCCCAAAAACGGUGGAUUUCGUGCAGCCAGUGGGAAGCCUGUGGCGCUUUCAUCUGAGGCCCUUCAGAGAGGAAAGGCUCUAUUCAGUGAUAUCACUUUCAGUGCAGACAUCCCACACCGAAAGAACAGUGAUAAGAAAUAUGACAGUGGUGAAAAUACAAGGAAAAUGCAGAGUGGUUUCAAAACUGCAGUGGGAGAACAAGUCCAGGUGCCACAGAAAAAUUCUGUGAAGGCAAAACAUCUUUUGAAGGAAUUUGAUGAUUUGGUGUCAACAAAAGCAAUUCAAGAAGCAGAUUGUUUUACCAAAGACUGUGAUAUGGAUGUUAACUGUGGAAUUUCUAAAGACUCCAGAAAUGAAUGCACUGAAGUCACAAAUGAACACGGGAGACAAAAAAACACUUUGCCGCAACAAAGAGGUGGAUUUCAGACAGCGAGUGGGAAAGAAGUCAUUGUUUCAUCUGAAGCUCUGAAGAGUGCAAAAACUCUUUUAAGUGAAUGUGAAGGAGUUGAUAAAGCCAGUUUAAUGCCAGCAGCCAGUCGUAAACCUGUUGCACUUUCAUCUGCAGCCAUGCCGAAGGCUGAAGAUCUCCUCAGUGAUAGUCUGAGUACAUACACCCCAGCUGCUGUGCACACAAGGAAGAAUGAUAAGAAUAUUGAUGCUCACAAUAAAGAGAAAAUACAUUAUGGUUUCACAACUGCAGGGGGAGUUAAAGUCCACGUGUCAGAAAACAGUCUGUUGAAAGCAACCAGUCUUUUCAAAGAAUUCGGUGAUGCCGAGUGUCAUGAUUCACUCUUAUUUUCAACAAGCCCACAAGACAACCAUACGUUAAAUCAGUCAAAAGUAAAAGAUGUGGAAGGAACUUCAGGUUGUAAUUUGGCCGGAGUCUGUGACAAGGACAUCCCAGCAAAGGGAAGUGCCUCUCUUGCAGUUAAAUCUGUCCCUCCCUUGCGUCUGUCGUCUCCUGACCACGAAAGUGAAACUUUUGAAAACUCAAGUGGACAUAGUUGUAGUUCCGUCAAUAACAAGGCGCCUAAGGAUGCAUUCAAGUUUCAGGAAGACACAGUUACUCCAUCUGGGGCUGGCACUUUGCAUGACUGCCCUGAAGAGGAAAUGCCAUGCAUGUUGGACUAUGAAAUGAAUAAGGUGAGCAGCACCAAAGAAUCUAAAGUUUUAAAAGCAGAUGAGUGUUCAGUUCUAAACUUUCAGUCCCUUGACCUCACUGGGUGCUCAGAGACCCAGCAGAAGUUUCUUGCACAGGAAGCUCUGGACUGCACUAAAGCUUUGUUAGAAGAUGAAGGUCUAGCUGGCCAAAGUCUCUUGAUGAUUUUAGAAGAUGUGCCACUACAACAUUACACAAACAGCAACAUAUCUGAAGGAGGAGAAAAGAGAAGAGGGAAAAGAUCACCCGAAGACCCAGAAAUGACUGGUCAGCCUCCCCUGAAAAGACGGUUACUGGAAGAGUUCGACAGGACCCUUGUUGAUCCAAAAGCUCCAGCUCUCCACCCAGUAAAAAGUUGUCCGAAUGGUUUAAUGAAGGACAGGGGAGUUUUUCAAUACAGCACUUCUCUUUAUCCAAACAUCACUUGGCCACAUGGCAAUGGAAAAAACUUUGUGGAAACUAGAUUCCAAAAGACGCCACAAACGAAGAACUCAAACCCAGGAGACGGCAGAUCAGAACGCCGCACGACGUCAGCUUUUGUUCCUCCAUUUGUCAGAAAUGCAAAGGCAGAAACUCAUAAGAAUGCAGUGCUCAGGGAUAACAUGAGAACACCUUCGGCCUUUGUUCCUCCAUUCAAAAAACAAAGAACUACUGUUCACGAGAGUUCCUCUAAGCCACAGGAGGGGGAGGACAAACACCAAAGACCAUUUGUAAUGCUGUGUAACAGCAGCACUUUCGUACCACCCACUAAAAAAACACAAGGCCCUGCAGAUGUAACUGACUUGGCUGCAACUCCAACUGACGAUAUGAAUAAUCAGAGCUUACCUGCUGAGUGCGGGUCUGUUGGUGCUGUUGAAGAGACAUCAGGUGUGGCUGGCAUGUGUUCAAGAAACCAAGACGUAUAUCAGAAUCCUGAGAACAUUGAGCUGGCACGGGACAUGCAAGACAUGAGGAUCAGGAAGAAGAAGCGCCAGAACAUUCGACCUCUCCCAGGCAGUUUGUUUCUUACAAAAACUUCAGGAGUAACAAGGAUCCCACUGAAAGCUGCUGCGAAUGGAAAGACCCCAGGAAGAUACACCCCCAAACAGCUCUAUGCCUGUGGAGUCCAGAAACACGUUUCUGAUAUCACCAGUGACAAUGCAGAAUCUUUCCGCUUCAAUCUGCUGCAGUUCAUGAGACGGGAAGCAUUUACAGAUGGAGGUGGAGUUCAGCUUGCAGACGGAGGAUGGCUGGUCCCCAGCAAUGAUGGGACUGCAGGGAAAGAAGAGUUCUAUAGAGCAUUAUGUGACACCCCAGGUGUGGAUCCUAAACUGAUCAGCGACGCGUGGGUGUACAAUCACUACAGAUGGAUUGUGUGGAAGCAGGCCUCCAUGGAAAAAUCAUUUCCGGAAAUAGUGAGCAGCCGGUGUCUCACCCCAGAGCAGGUUCUCCUCCAACUUAAGUACAGAUAUGACGUAGAGGUGGACCACAGCCGCAGGCCAGCUCUGAGAAAGAUCAUGGAAAAGGAUGACACAGCAGUCAAAACCCUGGUGCUCUGUGUUUGCGGGAUCAUCUCCAGGGGUCAGUCCCCGAAAAGACAGAGUCACGGUGACACCAAAACUCCUCGCAGUGCAGAUGUGAAGGUUGAAACUCCAGCUGCACUCAUCUGGCUGACAGAUGGUUGGUAUGCCAUUAAAGCCCAGCUGGACGAACCUUUGACUGCCAUGGUUCACAAAGGUCGACUGGCAGUCGGGGGCAAGUUGAUCAUUAACGGGGCUCAGCUGGUGGGAUCACAAGAUGCUUGCUCCCCUCUGGAGGCACCUGAAUCUCUAAUGUUAAAGAUCUGUGCCAACAGCUGCAGACCCGCACGAUGGGAUGCUAAGCUGGGAUUUCACAAGGAUCCUCGGCCAUUCCUGCUCCCAGUCUCCUGUUUGUAUAGCACUGGAGGACCAGUAGGAUGUGUUGACAUUGUUGUGCUGAGGAGCUACCCCAUACAGUGGAUGGAGAGGAAGCCAGAUGGAGGUGUUGUGUUCCGUUCCUCACGUGCGGAAGAGAAGGAGGCGAGACGAUACAGCAGCCAGAAACAAAAAGCAAUGGAAAUCUUAUUUGCUAAGAUUCAAGCUGAAUUUGAAAAUGAGGAAAGGGGGGAUAUCAAACCGCAACGACGAAGAAAAACGAUUAGUCAUCAAGAAAUGGCACGUCUGCAGGAUGGAGAAGAGCUGCAUGAAGCAGUCGGAGAUGACCCAGCUUACCUUGAGGCUCAUUUGAGUGCUCAACAGUUGGAGGCCCUUCACACCUACAGGCGUUCUGUGAUGGAGAAGAAGCAGGCUGAACUGCAGGAUCGGUAUCGCCGCGCUCUAGAAGCAGAGGACAGCGAAAUGAGCUGCCCCAAACGAGAGGUUACCCCUGUGUGGAGACUCUGCAUUGCUGACUCCACAGAGCAGCCCGGCAGGGUUUACCAGCUGAAUCUUUGGCGGCCUUCCUCAGAUCUGCAGUCUUUAUUAAAGGAAGGCUGUCGAUACAAAGUGUAUAACCUCACAGCUUCAGAUGGAAAGAAACACAGCUGUAUUGAAGCUGUUCAGCUCACUGGGACAAAGAAAACACAGUUUCAGGAGCUCCAGGCAUCACAGGAAUGGUUGUCGUCAUAUUUCCAUCCAAGAGUCUCUACAGAUUUUGUGAGUCUUCAAAACCCAGAUUUUCAGUCUCUGUGUGGAGAGGUUGAUCUAACAGGAUAUGUCAUCAGUGUUAUAGAUGGACAGGGUUCAUCUCCUGCGUUUUAUUUGGCCGAUGAGAAACUGAACUUUGUCAAAGUUCGUUGUUUCAGCAGCUUGUCUCAGUCUGGUCUGGAAAACACGGUAAAACCACACGUCAUAUUGGCUCUGAGCAACCUGCAGCUGAGAGGUCAGUCAUUGCAGCCCACUCCUGUUGUUUUUGCCGGAGAUCUGACAAGUUUCUCUACAAAUCCCAAAGAGGGUCAUCUACAGGAAUCCCUCAGCCGGCUUAAAACCCUGGUCCAGUGUCAGAAGGACUUAUUUGUAACUGCUGAGGAGAAGCUUUCACAUUUAGUUAAAUCAAAUGGCCUGAGCUACAGCUCCUCUCCCGCUCUGCAAAGGGAAACACCAGCUUCUACGACAGGCAGAAGACCAGACACGAAGACAAUCGCGAUUUCUCAAAAGCCAGCCAGAAGCCUUGGAUCCUUCACGCCUGUCAGCAGAAACCCUCCUGCACCAACAUCCUCAGCGGAAAAAGAUCCCAAAAGCCUAAAAAGGAGGCGAGCACUGGACUAUCUGUCUCGUAUCCCGUCUCCGCCGGUUCUUUCCCAUCUGGGCUCAGUAUCUUCUCCUUCUGUUAACAAGACAUUCAAUCCGCCUCGGAGGUCCACAACACCAAGCACUUUAAAAGCUGUACAGACGCCAUCCCACAAACCCACUGACUCACUGAGAGAGGAUGAGUGGGUGAAUGAUGAGGAGCUGGCUAUGAUUGAUACUCAAGCAUUGCGUGUUAAUUUAAUGUAGAUAUGUGCCACAGUGUGAUGACGAGCACACUACAGUUUUAUAAAAUGUCCACAUGACUGAAUGUAAAUGUUAAUGGCUGUUAUAGCACACGUUGUGGUUGUUUUAGUACACUCACUGGCCUCAUAAAAUGGGGAAAGUACUUGAAUACUGAAAUCAUGUCAUUUCAUAGUGUUUUAUAAUCUUCUGCUUGUUUCCUGUAAAGU